CGUGUUCAUACAAAAAAAUAGGUGAAUAAAAAAAUAAAUAAUACAGAAAUAAAAGGGGAAGGAGGACACAGAAACAACAAUCAUAACAAUGAGACAUUCAUUAUCAUGGGGAAAGAAAAAUAAAUACAUAAAUAAUAAUAAUAAUAAUAAUAAGGGUGGGAUGGAGAAAACAAAGUGUAGGGGAAUGCAGAGUACAAACAAAUAAUACACACAUAGCACUCAUUAAAAGGACAUGAAACAACAAAAUAUUAAUAGCAGGCUAAUGAUGACGACAAUAAAAAUGUAUAACAAUAAUAUCAACAGUAACAACAAUAAUAAUAACAAAUAGGAUGCAACCCACCACCCAGCCGAAACCCAACUCCCCAAUUCGCAUAGAAGGGCCCAGAGCAUCCCAAGAAUCCCCGGACAGCCCGCCAGGGCCCCACCCCGGCGCAGCAGAACCAAGGACCACCCGGCCUACGGCCCACGAGCGGAGGCCGCCCAUACCAGCCUGGGCCGCCUGCAUCCCCCCCAUGAUGGAUCCUCCUCACGGUGUGCCCCCCGCCCACGCAGAGCCAAAGACUUGGGGGGGGGGGCCUCAGCCCCCAUCACUUCCCUGUACCAUGUUAGUGUAAAGUGUGUAUGUAUAUGUGUGAGAGAGUUGAGAGAGAGAGCUGUAUGGUACUGCUUGGCGGCGCUGCAUGGUGCUGUUUGGCGGCGCUGCAUGGUGCUGUUUGGUGGCGCUGCAUGGUGCUGUUUGGUGGUGCUGCAAGGUACUGUUUGGUGGUGCUGUAUGGUGCUGUUUGGCGGCGCUGCAUGGCGCUGUUUGGCGGCGCUGCAUGGCGCUGUUUGGCGGCGCUGUUUGGCGGCGCUGCAAGGCGCUGCUUGGCGGCGCUGCAAGGCGCUGUUUGGCGGCGCUGCAUGGUGCUGUUUGGCGGCGCUGCAUGGUGCUGUUUGGUGGCGAUGCAAGGUACUGCUUGGCGGUGCUGUAUGGUACUGUUUGGCGGCGCUGCAUGGUGCUGUUUGGUGGUGCUGCAAGGUACUUUUUGGUGGCACUGCAUGGUGCUGUUUGGUGGCGCUGCAAGGUACUGCUUGGCGGCGCUGUAUGGUACUGCUUGGCGGUGCUGUAUGGUUCUGUUUGGCGGCGCUGCAUGGUGCUGUUUGGUGGUGCUGCAAGGUACUGUUUGGCGGCGCUGCAUGGUGCUGUUUGGUGGUGCUGCAAGGUACUUUUUAGCGGCACUGCAUGGUGCUGUUUGGUGGCGCUGCAAGGUACUGCUUGGCAGUGCUGUAUGGUACUGUUUGGCGGCGCUGCAUGGUGCUGUUUGGUGGUGCUGCAAGGUACUUUUUAGUGGCACUGCAUGGUGCUGUUUGGUGGUGCUGCAAGGUACUGCUUGGCGGCGCUGUAUGGUACUGCUUGGCGGUGCUGUAUGGUUCUGUUUGGCGGCGCUGCAUGGUGCUGUUUGGUGGUGCUGCAAGGUACUGUUUGGUGGUGCUGCAAGGUACUGUUUGGUGGUGCUGUAUGGUGCUGUUUGGUGGCGCUGCAUGGUGCUGUUUGGUGGUGCUGCAAGGUACUGUUUGGUGGUGCUGUAUGGUGCUGUUUGGCGGCGCUGCAUGGCGCUGUUUGGCGGCGCUGUUUGGCGGCGCUGCAUGGCGCUGUUUGGCGGCGCUGCAAGGCGCUGCUUGGCGGCGCUGUAUGGUACUGUUUCGCGGCGCUGCAUGGUGCUGUUUGGCGGCGCUGCAAGGUACUGUUUGGCGGCGCUGCAUGGUGCUGUUUGGCGGCGCUGCAAGGUACUGUUUGGCGGCGCUGCAUGGUGCUGUUUGGCGGCGCUGCAUGGUGCUGUUUGGCGGCGCUGCAUGGUGCUGUUUGGCGGCGCUGCAAGGUGCUGUUUGGCGGCGCUGCAUGGUGCUGUUUGGCGGCGCUGCAUGGUGCUGUUUGGUGGCGAUGCAAGGUACUGCUUGGCGGUGCUGUAUGGUACUGUUUGGCGGCGCUGCAUGGUGCUGUUUGGUGGUGCUGCAAGGUACUUUUUAGUGGCACUGCAUGGUGCUGUUUGGUGGCGCUGCAAGGUACUGCUUGGCGGCGCUGUAUGGUACUGCUUGGCGGCGCUGUAUGGUACUGUUUGGCGGCGCUGCAUGGUGCUGUUUGGCGGCGCUGCAAGGUACUGUUUGGCGGCGCUGCAUGGUGCUGUUUGGCGGCGCUGCAUGGUGCUGUUUGGUGGUGCUGCAAGGUACUGUUUGGUGGCGCUGUAUGGUGCUGUUUGGUGGCGAUGCAAGGUACUUUUUGGCGGCACUGCAUGGUGCUGUUUGGUGGCGCUGCAAGGUACUGCUUGGCGGUGCUGCAUGGUACUGUUUGGCGGCGCUGUAAGAUACUGUUUGGCGGCGCUGCAUGGUGCUGUUUGGCGGCGCUGCAUGGUGCUGUUUGGUGGUGCUGCAAGGUACUGUUUGGUGGUGCUGUAUGGUGCUGUUUGGUGGCGAUGCAUGGCGCUGUUUGGUGGCGCUGCAAGGUACUGUUUGGUGGUGCUGUAUGGUGCUGUUUGGCGGCGCUGCAUGGCGCUGUUUGGCGGCGCUGCAUGGCGCUGUUUGGCGGCGCUGCAUGGCGCUGUUUGGCGGCGCUGCAUGGCGCUGUUUGGCGGCGCUGUAUGGCACUGCUUGGCGGUGCUGUAUGGUACUGCUUGGCGGUGCUGUAUGGUACUGUUUGACGGCGCUGCAUGGUACUGCUUGGCAGCGCCGUAUGGUACUGUUUGGCACCUGUUUGACAAUGCGAUUUGACAUUGGUCCAGAAUGGAAAUUGGUCCUGAUGUGUGCUGAUGUUCAAUAUUUAGCCUGCAGUGUUGUUGAAAAUGUGAAGAUUAGAAUAUGUAGAACUAAUAGUAAGUUUUUUUUGUUUUAUUUCUUUUCUUUUGUGUGUUUGAAGGUUUUCAACCUAACUAAAUAACUAAGUAACUGACUGAUUAUUCAUCUGUGAAUGAGAAUAAAAGGAGAUUAAGGAAGUUUGAGUUGAGUCGUGUAACCCGGAGGUUAGCCAAUGCCUUUUUCAAGUUUGGGCGGAAGUUAAGUCAAACCCUGAUGACUUGAUAAUGACUAAAGUGCAAAAGACGGGCGAGCAAUUGAAGCACGAUCACCCCACCGCUGGCAGACGGCAAAGCACCACCUGCCUCAACCCACCUCCUCAGCCCUAGUGUCAUGUGGUGUCUAAUAUGCAAGUAAAAAUUGAGGGGCAGUGUCUCGGCGCAUCUCCUCACUGCCCCUCAAAGCCCUAGUGUUGUGUGUUGUGUGAUGUCGGCAGAUUAUUCCACCGUGCCAGGUCAUCUUCUGCCUUUUUAAGUAGAGGACUAUGACUUAGUCGUGUCAGAUCUGACUGCUUGGCAGAAACGCUAGUACCCUGGUAUCUAAUGUCUCCAGAUUGAAGUGGGAUAGUUGGAUUGAACUGGAAGUCACAAGAUAUAAGAAUAAUUGACUUGUUCCAAUUAAUAGAGUAAUCUGAGAGGCAGGAGAACUUAUCUGUGAGUCUUACAGCUUGAGAGAGAGAGCCCUAUAUAUUUUGAAGAAAAAGUAAUACAUCGUCCGCAUAAAGACUAAUUUUAUGGGUUAUAUUUGCUGUUUGAAUACCUUUGAUAUUAUUAUUUUUCCGAAUUGAUGCUGCCAAUGGUUUGAUAAAUAUAGCAAAUAGUGAUGGAGAAAGUGGACAACCUUGCCUAGUGCCCCUUCUGAGAAUGAAGCUUGGGAGAUUUGAUCAUUUGUUUUUACGCAGGCUUUAGGUGAACUGUAUAAAACUUUACUCCACGUUACGAAGUUCUUGCUAAGUCCAAAUUUUAGUAAGGUUGCCAGUAGAAACUUCCAGUUUACCCUGUCAAAAGGCUUAUUUAUUUUGGUAGGUCGAAGUUGCUUAAGAACUCUUAUAUUUCAGAAUUGGUUGGAUUAAUAUUAGGUGAGUAUAAUUUUUUUAUAGAAGUCCCUAAAUAUUCCAUUUAUCUCUCCUGGGCUAUGAGUUGGUUUGCUAAAAAUUUACUAGAUUUAUUACUAUGUUCAAAAUUGUCCAAGCGUAACCUCUGUAAGUAAAACUGAGUUUUUUUUUUUUAUCUCUUAAUUCUUGCAGAUCCAUUUUACAUUUUCUCAGCUCAUUGAGACGGUGUUUUUCUUGGGAGGCAGCAUGUGCUGAUUCCAAAGUUUAAAUUUCUGUUUUAAUUCUGUCUCUAGUGCUUUUUCCUUUUUCUUUUUGAGUGCUGAAUAUGAAAUUAUUCUACCUGGUAUUACAGCCUUUGCCGUCUCCCAGAUUAAGCACGCAGAGAUACCUGGCAGGUCAUUUGUUUCAAUAAAUGUUGUCCAGUCAUUUUAAUAACUUCUAGAAACUCUGAGUCUCUUAGUAAUGAUGUAUUCAGUCUCCACCGUUUAAAAGGUGGUGCACUAGCUUUUUCGGUGACCGUCAUAGUGACAGGUGCAUGGUCACUGAUUGUGAUAGGCUGAAUUUGCGUGUCACAUAUAUCCUUCACGACUGAACUGCUGGUAAGAAAAAAGUCUAUCUGGGAGUAAGAAUGGUGGACUGGCAAGAAAAACGUGUAUUCUCUGAGCGCAGCAGGAACAUGUAUUUAACCUAAUGUUUUAAAAUGAUGUAUGUUGUAUUAUGGAAUAAGGUCAUUUUUGUGUCUAACGUUUACAAUGCCAAUUGCAGAGAAAACUAUGUAUUUUUGUAUUUGCUUCAUAUAUCUGCAAAUAUGCUGGUAAAUGUAUGUAUAACAUACAUAAAUACAUACUUGCUAAAUUGCCCUUAGGAAUGCGUGUGUGAGUGAAUGGUGUGUGAGUGUGCCCUGCCAUGGGCUGGCCCCCCAUCCUGGGUUGUUCCCUGCCUCAUGGCCAUUGUUUCCGGGAUAGGCUCUGGACUCCCCGCGACCCAGUAGGAUAAGCGGUUUGGACAAUGGAUGGAUGGAUAAUUAUGUAUAACAAAUUACAUAUGCAUCUUCAAUAGGAAUGUCAUGGUAUGCUUAGCUUUGUAAGAUAAAUAAUGUGUUCACAAUUUAGCAUAACCACGAUGCAAUAAAAUGGCAAAUGAAAAUAAAGGGAUGUCUACAACA